GUGAAGUGAGAAUGUGUGAUGGCACUGCACCUGCACUGAGAGGGAAUCAUUUUUCCGGAAUAUGUCGACGAUGGUCACGAGGUUUGGAACGCAACACACGUUACCCGCGCUCUUCUUCACUCUUUCAUUUCAACACUUCGUUUCUGAACACUGAACACUGAACACCUUCUCUCUUUCUCUCUCUCUCUCUCUCUCUCUCUCUCUCCAAAACUCCACUAACUAUAACAUCAUCAUUAUACCUCGCAAUUCACCAAUCCUUCUUCAUGGACCUCGUUGUGAUGCUGCCUCACUGGAUUCCCGAAGACGACCUUAUCUUGAAGAACGCUGUUGAGGCAGGUGCUUCUCUUGAAUCGCUAGCGAAAGGAGCGGUUCGGUUUUCGCGGAGGUAUUCGAUUACGGAAUUGCGGGAUCGAUGGCGGUCGCUUCUGUAUGAUUCUGAUGUUUCGAGGGAGGCUUCUGCUUCUAUGGCGAAUUUGGAGAUCGGCAUGUACAGUGGAAGUGGAAUCAGGGAAGGAUUUGGUGAAGGUGGUGGAAAGAGGAAACUGCAGAGUCUUCGCAAUCAGUACUACGAGAUGAGGAAAAGACUUUGCAGGCAGGUUUUUGACAAUUUCGAUAUGGCAUUGCAUGAUGAAAUGUGUAUUGAGAAGAAUCCUGUGGGUCUAAUGGGUGUUGGGAUGAGGAGAAUUGAUAGUGCAAUGUCUUUGGUGCAGGGUGGUUUAGAUAAGGAUGUAAAUAAUUUGCUUGUGAAUAAUUUAGUUGAUUAUGGGAAUUACCCCAGGGUAGAGGAAGAAGGGUCAUCGCAUUCGAUGAGUGAGGUUCCUCUAUGGAAAACAAUUGAGGAUGUCUAUGUGCCUGCUAUGCCUGUACAAGUUAAUCUUGAGAAUAAAAGCCAUGGCUUCGAAGCGAGAAUAAUGCUUCCCCAUGGUUUGAAAGGCAAAUGCGGCAAUGGUGCGGUGAAUGCGCCUGCUGCUAUGUUGGGAGAAGACGCUACACACAUUUCGGAUUCUCUCUUGAACUUGGCAAAUGACGAUGAGUUUGUAUUUAUGAAUAUAGAUGGGAAAGAUGCAAGAGCGAUGGAUAAGACUUGUUAUGAGAAUGUUGAUUCACUUUUGUUGAGUUCUCCAUGUGACAUCCAGGGCGGUGAUGCACCUGAUAUUCAUGAAUCUCAUAAGUUAGAUUCAGAAACAAAACUUGCUACGCCUGGUAGGUCAUCUGCCGCUGGGUUAGAGUUUGUUGCUGACUCAUUUGGCAGCAGUAAUGGUGAUCAUCAUUUUGUUUCUGAUCCUGGAAAUGAUGUCCCAUCAACUGCGGCAGCACAAAGUCCUCACCCUGAACGCACUGAUGAAUUAAUGGUCUGCAUAUUGAACACUGAGGAUCCUGAUAUCCCAUGCAAUGACAGUACAAACUUAUCCGAUGAAGCUUCUCAUUCAGUGACUCUGAAAUCCCAACCAACUAUUAAAGAGGUGGGUUAUUCAGAUUCUCUUAUUAAUAAUCAAAGAAAAAAUGAACCAGAUGGAAGCUUGAAGGGGGAAGACAUUCCUUCACACUCUCUUGCUGCUUCACAGACAGUUAGAUCGGGGUUAGUGCCUGAUAUAAAUUCAAGCUACCCACCUGUUGGUGUUGCACUGAAAACUGAAAGUCCUGUAAGGAACACUAUUUCUGCAGUUUCUAGACAGAAUAACUAUGUCAUUGUCAACGUCAACCCAAGUCAUAGCAGAUUAGUUCAUGCAACUAUGAUGCCUUCCUCCGAUGGACAUCUGAAACAAGAGGAAAUUGAUGCUCCGGGUUUGGCCGAAGUUUAUGCACAUCCAAAGGCAGAAGAACAUAAGGCUCUAACUAAAUCAGAAGCAAAAUCAUUAUCUCUUGACCAGGAAGGAGGUGAUGAUGAUAAUAACGACGAUGACGACAAUGACAAUGAUAUUCCUUAUUUUUCGGACGUUGAGACAAUGAUUCUUGAAAUGGAUUUAUUUCCAAGUCCAGCUGAUCAAGAUAUAAAUGCAAGUAGAGAAGUCUUGAGACAUCAACAUGCAGAAACUAAGAGGACCCUAAUGAGAUUGGAGCAGUCUGCUCUGUCUGGUACGCGAAGAACCAUUGCAUCUCGGGGUGCACUUGCAGUAUUAUACGGGCGCAAUCUGAAGCAAUAUAUUAAAAAAAGAGAGGUUAUACUUGGCAGAUCAACAGAUGAUGUACAAGUUGAUAUUGACUUGGGAAGAGAAGGGCUGGCUAACAAAAUAUCAAGAAGACAGGCUUUAAUAAGGAUGGAAGCAAAUGGUUCUUUCAUUAUUAAAAAUCUUGGCAAGAGUUCUAUCUUCUUGAACGGCAAAGAAGUUGCUACAGGACAGCUGCGGGGUCUUAGUGAUAGUAAUUUGAUCGAGAUUAGAGGCAUGUCACUCAUCUUUGAGAUCCUUAAUAAAUGCGUGAGGAGGCUUUUAGAAAAUGAGAAUGGAAAGGGAGAAAGUUAAAAAGAAGACAUUAACCUUGGUUACCUGAGAGGGGGUCUCUAUGAAGGGGCGAAAUGGCACCGAAGGAAUAGUAUUGUAUUAAGGAUUUUAGGGUAGCAUUCUCAUGCCAGCCAUAAAUAGAAGUUUUAGCAGUUAUUAUUUCAUAUGAAUGUUAUUGAUCGAAAGUCAGAAUUCACGGUGUACAUAUGGAUAGAAGAUAAAAAAAAGCUAUAUAGAUAUAUAAUAUGGCUGCUGCACAAUGGGAACUUAUUGUUAUUGUCUUGUAUGUUUCUUAUUUUUUUUUUUUGGUAUUAAUAGUAUUAUUA